GCUCGUGGCGUGUAGAACGCGGCCAAGUCGGGUGAUCGGUGAUUUCAACGCUGGUCGAGGCGUGCCAUUGCUCGCUCGUGCAACAAACAGUCGCGUACCUACCGCGUCUCCGUAUUAAAUCCACGUUAAUUUCAUAUUAAAAUCCGUAUUAAAUCUACGUUCAACUGGACGCGCACGAACAUCAUCUUCUGGGACAUAACCGAGCAGUAAGAUUGCAGUAGCUAUACUCGUGUUCAGUGAAUUUGCUCGGUAUUACGUGCAUUCGAGGAGUUUCGCGCGCGGUGCAGUGUCUCGAGGUUCGGAAAAGCGACUUCCAAGGACGGAGCUUGGAGGAUUUAAUGGUGACUGUCCGGACGAUGUGUUACUGAUCGAUCGAACAUACGUAUCCGCGGAUAAUUCGUUCGUCGGUGUAGCAACGGUGCAGUAUAAUUGGAUGCACUCAAUGCCACUUGUUCGCCAAGUGUAAACAUGAUUCCCGCGCAUUGACGUAUGCACCGGACCGCGAGUGCGGGCUGCACUCAGCUGUGAAUUCGUCAGAUUGGGUUCUGGUUUCAGGUGAGAUCAAAGAGGCAUGCUGAAGCACGUGUCAGUCUCGCCGUGGAGAGGGCGAGCGGACAGCGUGAGCCUCGCUUCCAGCGGGGGUGCGAGUAGCUGCGGAAGCGGAAGUCCAACCCCUGGUCACACGCCACCGCCCUCGAGAGCAUCUUCGUGCGCCUCCCUGGCACCCUUGACCGCUCUUUCGAGCUUUUCUCCGGCCGAUGCGGCGUCGCAACAGACAACCAUAAAGGUGUACGCCAAUUGCCUUCGAGCGGACAUUGAGUACAAGACCCUGUGCAUCACGUACGAGACGACUUGUCGCGAGAUCGUCCAGAACCUAUUGAACAAGUACCGCAUGAGGCUCCGUGAUCCCAGGCUGUUCUACCUCACCAUGGAGGUCACCGUGAGGAGACCCAACGUGAGGACCGUUCUGCCUCUGGACGAGGACUCGAGGCCUGCCGUUCUGCAAUCGUGUCAUCCUCGUGGCGAUUCCAGAUUCUCGUUGAAGACACGCCGCGGGGGACUUGUGAAAAUAUACGACAGCGCGCUCAUGUCCGGAUCGAAGUACAAGAGUCUAUUAGUCUCCGAGCAGACCACCGUAGACGAGCUGAUCCAGAUGCUGUUGAGCUGCUACAGCUCAAAGGAACGCGUCGAGCAGUUCUCCCUGUACGAGGUCUGCGAAGGCGAGGAGUACCAGAGGAAGCUGCAUCCCGACGACUCACCCCUUAAGGUCACGCAACGAUGGACAAGCGCCGAUCGCCAUCUUCGCAUAAGACGCAAUCCGGAUUACAAUCCUCACAGAAGAAAAAGCAUGUGGGCGUCGGACUCGAGCAUCAGCAUGGCGAUGUCAAGACUGAACCUCCAUGGCUCUCACCAGGCCCACUACAAUCAGGGAAACGACAACAACAAUCAUCUGUCCCUGUAUCAGCACAAAGACGCCAGCUCGAUCAACAAUAACAACAACAUUCACAAGAUCGAUCAGCAUCAUUUGUCCCUGGGAUCUCUGAACCAGCAACCGAGAAUCGUGGUGCCUCAUGCGACCCAGCUGCCGCAAUUGCAAAUCCCGCGUGUCCAGCAACUGCCACAGAGUGUCCCUUCGACGCCGAUCUCGUCGAAGCACAUCACUGCCUCCUCGUACGCGGAUUACGAGAAUUAUUUGUUCAUUUAAACGUCGUAGAAUCGACUGUGCUAGGUGUAAUAUCGAAAUCGCGAGUCCUACGACGGAAAAUCGAGUUGCAGCUGCGUGCUGACGCGUUGGAGAUCAGCUGCAGCUUCGUUUCAAUCGCGUUGAGCAGUAUUCGAAGCUUGGUCGAGUAGUGGAGGUUUCACUGUCAGGAUUUCAUAGUCAGGAUUAAGUCUAAAUUUGCAGAGUUCUGUCAGAAGUGGGUUCAAAUUUACUGAGAUUCGUCAGCAGUGAAUUGGACUUUGGAAAGAUCUAUCCGAGAGUGGGUUAAACUUUAAGUCUGUCGGGUGGGCCUAAUUUUUAUUCGCGCGAAUUUUCGAGCAGCAUAAUGGCAACGCGUUAGCUAUACGAGAAUGAGAUUAUUUAUGAAUGGCAGUUUGCGAACGGAAUGAAAGUAUAGACGGUAGUAAAAGCGAGGAUCACGGGUUCGUGUCUCGGCUACAUCGCGUCGUCGAUCGGGCGGAACAAAGAGAAUUUACGAUUAUAGUCAAUAGCGAGAACAAUUGUACCAAAGGUAGACGUACGAAAUGUUAGGUAAAUAGUAUAUUCAGCCGUAUAUAUGUGUAAAUGUUUUGCGUUAGGAAGAUAUUACGUUAAGAACGUCAAAAUCGGACAAAGUCGCAAGUGUAACAAACGCGUGAGCCUACGGGACUUGCGUGAAUUGAAAUUUCGCGUACCGUGGAAGGAAAAAGAAUGAAUGUUAUUUUUUUCAGGAAAUUUCUACGAAAUCUAUGCGACAACCUAAGGUGUUUAAUUCGAUUUAAAAUCUGACUAUGAAGAGAAGGAAUGAAUGAAAGAAUGAGGGAACGUUGGUAUUCUUCCAGGAAAUUUCGAUAAACUUUGUACAAUUUAAAAAUGGUACAAAGCAGUCCCGCGGGUUAGACAUCGUAUAUUUAUAUAUUGCAAAUUGCACUUUACCCAAGAGUGUCGCACAAUGUGGCCUCUAUUAUUUAUUUCUAACGACCGUGUAGCAUUUAAGAAAGCGAGCCUGGAGUUUUAAGUUAUUUCAACGUAAUCCCGUGCUGUAAAUUUCGUCCUGCAUUUCGAUCGAACGGGAUUCGAGUGUAUUCGUGUAAAUAUAUCCAAUAAACGACGAGUUACUCGGAUAAUCAUACUAAUUACUAGUAGCCAGUCGCGGUUGUAAAUGUUGAUAAUUCUGUAAUUUAGAUAUAGAUCGUUGGUUUCGGCCUGAUGUCGAAAUCGACGGAUUUACCUGGUUUAAUCUUAACAAAUCUGACAUUUAAAGGCGAGACAUGUUAUCCACGUUAUAUAUUUCCUCCACGAUUCAUUGUAAAUAGACUCUGCUCUAACCUUCUCAGCCACGUUUCGUCAACGUUUCGUCGAAAAUUGCAUCGAUUGCCAAAGAGUCGUCACGAUAUUAAAACGAGAACUGUGUAGAUUUAAACGUGCGACAAAACGAGCAGAAAUUAUUCUCUUUCGUCGCUUGUACGUGCUUGAAACAGUGACAAUUGUCAUUAGUCGCGUCGAUUACGCGAUUAUAGUCACGUGUGCCACGCGGCUUUUCAAUAAUUUGUAACGAGUACAAUGAACCUUGUAUUAUUUCCCGAACGACACGGUAGAGUGUAAAUAUUGAUUUUGUAACGUCGUUUAUAAAUCACACCGAAGAAGAAAUUAUCGUUUCAUCACGUGUCUAACUCUGGUCGAUUUUCAUUACACCUAUCAAUCUUCACGUUUCCUCAACGCGUUAAACGUCACGCCGAUUUUGCUUGCCGUUCCGUUCAGGCCCAGACUCGGUCGUCAAGUGGGCCAUC